AUGAUUGCCCUCCCGAUUGCUGUGGUGCUGAGCGCCGUGUCGCUGGGCUCGGCGCAGUCCACGUCGGUGAACUGGAACAAUGUGACGGGCACGUCGAACAUCACCUUCCCUACGGCGGUGGGCAACCCUGGUGUGAUGGUGUACGGUGCUGCGCCGAUUCUCGCUGAGCAGGACCGUCUGAACACGACCAGGUGGCAGACGAACAACUUCCCUGUCGAGAUGCGGUGGGUGCCGAAAGACGCGCACAAGGACAAUGCGACGUCGGACGACAUCUUCCGCAACCAAGGCGCGACUUCGCCUUACCGCGCGACGCCUGACCUGUUCCCCGAGAUGAGGCAGUACCAGCAGCUGCCGAACAACUGCAAACUGAAGCAAGUGCACAUUCUCCACCGCCACGGCUCGCGCUACCCCAUCGGCUUGAAUGUCUCGGGUGUCGGUAACUUUGGCGAGAAGGUAGCCAAUGCGACCAAGAAUGGCACGCUGCACGCGACCGGCGAUCUGUCCUUCCUCAACAAGUGGAACUACUCGAUGGGCAGCGAGGUCAUGGUGCAUCUUGGUGCACAGGAAGAGUUCGACUCGGGCGUGAAGCACUACUACCAGUACGGCAAGCUCCUCGAGAAGUACUCGGAUAAGAUUGUGGUCCGCACUACCUCGCAGAACCGCAUGCUCGACUCAGCGCGCUACUGGAUGCUUGGCUUCUUCGGCUGGGACGCGCCGACCAAGGCCAACCUGGAGGUGAUCACCGAGAUCGACCCGAAACAGAACAAUACUCUCGCCCCGCGCUGCAACACCACCUUCCCGGCAGGUGCGGCUGCAGUCGCCCAAUGGCGCAACGUGUAUAUUCCCAACAUCCAGAAGCGCUUGCAGAGCCAGGCAGAGGGCUUGAACCUGACGCAGACGGAUAUUUAUAAUAUGCUGUCGAUGUGCCCGUACGAGACGGUGAGCCAGGGCUACUCGCAGUUCUGCAAUAUCUUUACCAAGGAGGAGUGGGAACAGUACGAGUAUGAUUUGGAUCUCGGUUUCCAAACUACGGUCGGUUUCAUGUCGCCCAACGCCAAGGCGCUGGGUGUUGGCUGGGCGCAGGAGUUGCUUGCGCGUCUGGACCAAAGCAACUUUAAAGGCCCUGUGACGCAGCAGAACGCUACGCUGGACAAGAAUACGACCUAUUUCCCAGUGCACCAGCCGCUCUACGUCGACUUCACGCACGACUCGUCGAUGACAGCCAUGCUCACCGCUAUGAACUUUACGCAGUUCGCCGGUUUCUUGAAUCCGACCAAGAUGGAUCCCCACCGAAAGUACCGCACGAGCUGGGUGACGCCAUUUGGCGCCCGCUUCGUGUUCGAGGUGAUGGAGUGUGACGAAAACCAACAGAGCAACGAGUUUAUCCGUGUCAAGCUCAAUGAGGGUGUCGUGCCUCUGGACAAGGACCAGGGCUGCGAGAAGCGCGCGGACGGUCUCUGCAAGCUGAACGACUUUACCAGCAACCUCAAGAAGGCCUACAAUGAAUCUCACUUUGAGAUUGCUUGCUAUGGCAAGAACGGCACUGACUUUAACGUGACCGGCCUCGUCGAGAACGGUUCCCUGAACAGUUCGCAGGUUCUCUCCAGCAAGCAUUAA